CCCUGCGCCGAGCCCCGCGCCGGAAGGGGCGACCCCGCGGCGCGCGCGGGGCGGGGCCUCUUUCCUGAGCGGGCGGCGGCGAUGGCGGAGCCGCGGGUUCUGGUGAUCGAUGGCCGCGGGCACCUCCUGGGGCGGCUGGCGGCGAUCGUGGCCAAGCAGGUGCUGCUGGGCCGCCGCGUGGUCGUGGUCCGCUGCGAGGGCAUCAACAUCUCCGGCAACUUCUACCGCAACAAACUGAAGUUCCUGGCCUUCCUGCGGAAGCGGAUGAACACCAACCCAUCGCGGGGGCCCUACCACUUCCGCGCCCCCAGCCGCAUCUUCUGGCGGACGGUGAGAGGGAUGCUGCCACACAAGACGAAGCGGGGGCAAGCAGCGCUGGAGAGGCUGAAGGUGUUUGAUGGCAUCCCCCCACCCUAUGACAAGCGCAAGCGCAUGGUGGUCCCGGCUGCUCUCAAGAUCAUCCGUCUGAAGCCCACCCGCAAGUUCGCCUUCCUGGGCCGGCUGGCGCACGAGGUGGGCUGGAAGUACCAGGCGGUGACGGCAGCGCUGGAGGAGAAGCGGAAGGAGAAGGCGAAGCUGCGAUACAACAAGAAGAAGAAGCUGAUGAGCUUGCGGCGCCGGGCCGAGCGCAACGUGGAGAAGAAGACGGAGCCGUUCACAGCCGUGUUGCGCCAGCACGGGCUGCUGCUCUGAAUAAAGGGGUCUGGCGGCUGCUCUGUA